AUGGGGUAUUCACACCAUUACCGCAUCACAACCACUUCCAGCGAAUGGAGAAACUCCUGGCCCAACUUCGUCAAAGACGUUAAACUCAUAAUCGAAGCAUCCUCAGUCGGCAUCACCGAUCCUCGAGGAUUUGACGAAAAUGGCGGAAACUACCGCAACGACAACGACCCAGAUCGCAUAACCAUACCCAUACCCCCUCCCAUCGUCGAUCAGACCAGAGGAAUCGGCAUCAACGGCAUCGGGGAUGGCGCUCAUGAACCCCUUUUGAUUGAUUGCCAGGGUCAUCUUCCGCGCGCAUCCGUCACGACUGGGCGCAAGCCGUACGAUGAGGUGGUUACUUGCGUCUUGGUGAGGGCUUUUAUGGUGGCGCCGCAUUCUUGUAGCAUUACUUCUGAUGGUGACUGGGAUGAUUGGGUAGAUGGGCGUACUCUCUACACGCAGAUUUGGGGAGAGAUGCCUCUGUGUCCGUGGGGAGGUGUAUUUCCCACUCCUCCCCAGAAAGUCUCGCCUGCCUGUCGUUGCUGCAUCAUGUAG